AUGAAUGCCCCUAGCUACUACACCGAAACCCCCAAGUACUACACGACCAAGGCGCCCGAAUACUACACUACGGCAUCCUACUACACUACUACGUGUGCUGCUCCGACGUACUACACUACUACAUAUGCUGCUCCGAUGUACUCCACCACUACGUAUGCAGCCCCCACUUACUACUCUACAAAGGCGCCCGAAUACUACUCCCCACCGAGCUAUUACACAGAGGCGUCGGUGUAUUCCACAACAACCUACGCCACUCCAAGCUACUACACUGAAGCUCCCACCUACUAUACCACAAAAGCCCCUGAGUAUUACACCACAACGUACGCUUCUCCGUCUUACUACACUGAGGCCUCGAAAUAUUACUCUGCACCGAGCUACACAACAACUGUGUCGUACUACACCACGGCAGAGGCGCCCAAGUACUACGUAGCUCCAACAUACUACACCACAGCUGCCCCAUCUUACUACCCUGUGCCGACAUACUAUACUGAAGCCCCGCAGUCCCACGCUGACCCAUGUUACUACACAACGGCUGCUCCUUCGUACGAGGUGGAAACUAGCUACUACGCCACAAAGGCUGCUGAAUACUACACUACCACGUACGCUGCUCCAGCUUACUACACUGAGGCUCCGCAAUACUACACUACAAAGGCUCCGCAAUACUCCGCAACGUAUGCUGCACCAAGCUACUAUACAGUGCCCCCCCCCAAGUACUACACCACAACUUACGCAGCCCCCGCUUACUACACUGAUGCUCCGCAAUAUUACGCUACAAAGGCAGCCGAGUACAACACCACACCGUAUGCCGCACCAUGCUAUUACACUGAAGCUCCAACGUACUACCAGACUGAAGCCCCCCACUACUACACAACGAAAUCGCCAGAGUACUACACUACCAGUUACGCCGCUCCCAGAUACUACGUCGAGGCUCCAGCUUAUUGCACAACAACGUACGCCACCCCCUACAGUGCGCCACCGAAGCAUUAUUCAUCGUGA